AUGCCAACGAGGUCAUCCUCACACACGGGCGAGAGAGCACCGCCGCCGGACGGACGAUUCUAUUCUGUGCUAGCAGACUCUUUGACGAGUGUGCAGGCGCGACCCGACCGUCGAGACCUUCCUCUCCCGAAGAGAUCUCCUCGACCCUUCCUGGAACCUCCCUGCAGGCGCGACCCGACCGUCGAGACCUUCCUCCGCGCCGCGCACAAGAAGCGGCCCUUCGAGGUCGUCGUCGCGCAGACGGCGCACGCGCCGACGUACACCACCUCUUCCUGCCAGCUGGCAGAGGCCGGCAUCGCCACCACGCUUAUCGCCGACGGCGCGAUCUUCGCGAUGAUGGCGCGCGUGAACAAGGUGAUCGUCGGCGCGCACGCCGUGAUGGCAAACGGCGGGUUGUACGCCUCCGCCUCGUGCCACCUCCUCGCCAUCGCAGCGCAGCACCACUCGGUGCCGCUCGUGGUUUGCGCCGGGCUGUACAAGCUCGCGCCGCUCUUCCCGUCCGGCCCAGAGCAGUACAACUCGCUCCUCUCGCCGCAGCCGCUGCUGCCGUACGGAGGCGUCGACGAGGAGGCGCAGCGCGUGCACGUGGUCAACCCUGCCUACGACUACGUGCCGCCCGAGCUGGUCUCGCUCCUCAUCACAAACAUCGGCGCCAACCACCCCUCGUACAUCUACCGGCUGCUGCAAGAGUACUACCACCCCGACGACCACGACCUCUGACGGCCCACAUGGAGGCCGCGCGGGGGCGAGGCCGCCAGUCCGCAGUCGCGCCGCGCCUGCUGAGAGAGUUGAGCAGGCACAGAGACCUCCUUCCGUUACUCACUAUAAAGGUGUGGGUGCAGCCUCUCCCCACACCCCAGAGAGUGACCGCGCAAGACGCGAUUGGGAGAGCGUGCCCUUUACUUUAGCGGGGGACUGCAAGCACGACUCUUGUCAACGACUUGUCAGGCACACAGGGUUGAUCCCUGAGGUGGGUCCAUGCACCAUGCGCCCCACCGUUUUUACUGUCGAAACGUCGAAC